AUGUACACGUGUGAUUUUCUAAUAUUUAUUGGUAUUUUAUGGUCUUUAUCAUUGAUUGAUGCUAAACGACGAGGUCAAUCACAACAUAAUUUGGGUGAUUUUUGCAUUCCAGGUACAUGUACUAGUUUGAAUUCCAAUUGUAAACGUGUUGGAGGAAGUGCAUUUCGAUGUGUUUGUAAAGAUCAAUAUAUAUCUGUGAAUAAAACUCAUUGUGUUAGAGUUAUUAAUGCAUCAAUGGAUUCAACAUGUGUUUCAUGUAUGGAACGUGGUGGUGUUUGUUUAGAUGAAGAUUCUGAUAAUUAUAUGGAUAAAUGUUUUUGUCAAAUCGAUAGUGAUUUAUGUCAUGAUCGAACAACAGUAUCAUUAAUACCAAUGACAGAAUCGUUAGAAAAUAUACCAAUUGUAACACCAUUAUUACCAAGUCAAUCUGUUCGACAAGGUGAUCUUAUACUUGGUUUAUAUGAUAUAACUCAACAACGUUUAAUUGAUAAUGGUGGUUCAGUUUUUAUUGGUGAUCGUCUUUUUAUUGAAAUAAAAUAUCGAACAGUUGAACACAAUCCUGAUCGUCAUCAAAUUAUAGCUGAAAAUUGUUCAAUAGCAUCAAGUGUAUCUGAUAAUGAAAUAAAAUUAGAAAAAAUUCCUCUAUUAACAAAUCGUUGUCCAUCAUUAGAUUCACGUUUAUCAAUACGUUUUCAACGUAUUGAUCCAGAUCAUAUUAAAACAAUAUGUUAUGGUCGAAUAGAAAAUUGUCAAGAACGUUUAUGUCCAGAAAUACGACGAUCAUCAACAUUAAAUCGUAAUUCAAUGAAUAUAAUUAAUUCAUCAUUAACAUCAACAACUGAUUAUGCUCCAUUUGAUUAUGUUGAUGAAGAUGGUGCAAGUGUUAUUGCAUUACGACGACGAAAACGAGACGAUAUUGAUGAAGAACAAGCAAAACAAAAAUUAGCUAGAUUAUUAUCUGAUUUAACUUGGUCAAUAGAUCAAUCAUCAACAAAUAAUCUAUUUGAUGAAAAUAAUAAUUCUGGUUAUUAUGAAAUACGACAAGUACAACAACAAUUUACUAUUGAAUUACCAUUACCACAGCCAGCACAAAAAUCUAAAACAACUUAUGAAGCUCUUUAUAGUCGUUCAUCAUUAGCAAGUCAAGGUGGUAUUGAACGAUCAACUGUUAUUGCUACUAUUUCAAUUAUAUUUAUUAUUGGUAUAUCAGUUUCAUUAUUUGUUGUUUAUCGAGCUUGUUAUUUUGAAUAUGCACAACGAAGAUAUGGUUCACCAUCAUUUGCUGGUUUUGGUAAUGGUGGUGAAUCAAUCUAUGCUGGUAUAAGAAGUACAUCACAAGUUUGUCGUUAUGAUAUGGGACGUCGAUCUGAACAACGUUUUGAUGAAAGUUUGUUUGCUACAAAUGUGGAACCAAUAAGUGCUUAUCGACGACAAUAUUAA